GGACUGGAAGUAUUUACCUAAGCACAUAACAAUCAUCAAUGGUUAUACCUCACAGAAUCGCACAACAUCAACAUAUCAUCUAAAGAAAGAAAGAACAGCCACCAGGAAGCGAGCUCUUGUAUACGUGCCUACGUAAAUCUACGUAAAUAACUAUCCUAUACUCUUCACUGUACCUACAUCUACCAUACUUUUUUUCUUCCUCUUUCGCGAACGAUCUAGGGAAUCAAUUCCCUUGUUUGUUUAUUUAGUUCAGUUGCGCGCCAACGAUCUACGUCUACGUCUACGUCUACGUCACAGCCCGCAACUUUCAACAACCCGUGCCUAGCAUCUCCUAGGUACUAGGUAGCAGGCAAAUACAGAGAGAGAGAGAGAGAGAGAGAAUGGCUACCCGAAGCGGAAGCGCCGCCGACCGCACCAUAGCCAUGCAUGGCUCGGCCGGCAUGACGAGGGCCUCCAUGGCCCCGCAGACUUCCGGGUCCGGGACGGGGUCGGGGGGCGUGGUUAAGGCGCGGCAAUUGUCGCACCUCCACUCGCAGCUCGCGCAGCUCUCGGCCAACCUCGCGGACACGGAGAACCUCCUCCGGAUGACGAGUGUCCAGGCCGAGGCUAUGAGGGGGUUGGGGAGCUGGCAUGGCGGGAUGUUCAUGGCCGCAAGCAAGGUGUUAGGCGAGGAGUCGGUGAAGGAGCAGGCACAGAGCGGCAGCAGUCGGAGGUGAGCGUACUCAGCUCGGAGCCCUAAUCAAUCUCAGAGGUAGCACGAGUGCCACGUGUACGGCCCGGUUCAUGCGGUCCGUUUUGGGAACUACCCUACCCAGGCACCUAAGCUGCGCAGACGGGCUUGCCUCCGAAUCCCGUGGCGGCGCAGUGGAGUUAGGACGGAUGAACUACAUCAGUUGGGCUAGGUAGACAGGCAGAUAGGUAGAUAAGCUGUGAUGCGGCCUAUGUGUGUAGGCAUUGUACCACGCCACCCAAUGACAAGCUACUCGGUCUCCCUUCCGGUAAAAUGCUACCA